AUGUACCUGAUGACUUAGAGGAAGCGCAAAGGCAAGGCUCUGCUGGAAGAGGCAGAGCAGGAUUCUCCAGUGCUAGACUACUUAGGAGAGGAUUGGGAUGAGGAGGAGGAGGAGGAGGAGGAGGAGGAGGAGGAGGAGGAGGAGGAGGAGGAGGAGGAGGAGGAGGAGGAGGAGGAGGAGGAGGAGGAGGAGGAGGAGGAGGAGGAGGAGGAGGAGGAGGAGGAGGAGGGGGAGAGGGAUGGUGGACUUGCAGUAGCUAUAGAAGACAACCCCUUUCUGUCGGAUGAUGAGGCGGAGGAUGUCGUCGCUGUGGAUGUGCCAGAGUUCUAGCUAGGCUAGGAAAUUAGACUACCGU